GGACCGAGCCGCCCGGCUCGCUGCUCCCGCCGGCGGAGCGAGGCUGCCCUUUCUCCGCAGUGUGAUUGAUUUUCUGCUUCUUUUCUUCUAAACUCUUCUUCCAGGGAGAGGCUAGUGGUAACAGGCCGAGCUGGAUGGAUGGGUAUGGGGAGAGGGGCAGGACGAUCAGCCCUGGGAUUCUGGCCGACUCUCGCAGUCCUUCUCUGCAGCUUCCCAGCAGCCACCUCCCCGUGCAAGAUCCUCAAGUGCAACUCUGAGUUCUGGAGCGCCACGGCGGGUGGCCACGCCCCGGCCUCGGACGACGCCCCCGAGUUCUGCGCAGCGCUGCGCACCUACGCCCUGUGUACGCGGCGCACCGCCCGCACCUGCCGGGGCGACCUGGCCUACCACUCGGCCGUUCAUGGCAUAGAGGACCUCAUGAGCCAGCACAACUGCUCCAAGGAUGGCCCCACGUCACAGCCACGCCUGCGCACGCUCCCGCCACCCGGGGACAGCCAGGAGCGCUCCGACAGCCCCGAGAUCUGCCACUACGAGAAGAGCUUGCACAAGCACUCGGCCGCCCCCAACUACACGCACUGCGGCCUCUUCGGGGACCCGCACCUCAGGACUUUCACAGACCGCUUCCAGACCUGCAAGGUGCAGGGCGCCUGGCCGCUCAUCGACAAUAAUUACCUGAACGUGCAAGUCACCAACACGCCUGUGCUGCCUGGCUCGGCCGCCACGGCCACCAGCAAGCUCACCAUCAUCUUCAAAAACUUCCAGGAGUGCGUGGACCAGAAGGUGUACCAGGCUGAGAUGGAUGAGCUCCCAGCCGCCUUCGCCGAUGGCUCCAAGAAUGGUGGGGACAAGCACGGGGCCAAUAGCCUGAAGAUCACAGAGAAGGUGUCCGGCCAGCACGUAGAGAUCCAGGCCAAGUACAUCGGCACCACCAUCGUGGUUCGCCAGGUGGGCCGCUACCUGACUUUCGCAGUCCGCAUGCCGGAGGAGGUGGUCAACGCGGUGGAAGACCGGGACAGUCAGGGCCUCUACCUCUGCCUGCGGGGCUGUCCCCUCAACCAGCAGAUUGACUUCCAGGCCUUCCGUGCCCAUGAGGGCCUGGGCGCCUACAGGCCCCAGGCCACCAGCCCCACACCCGCGGCCCCCGACACCUUCCCGUACGAGACGGCCGUGGCCAAGUGCAAGGAGAGGCUGCCCGUGGAGGACCUCUACUACCAGGCCUGCGUCUUCGACCUGCUCACCACAGGCGACGUGAACUUCACGCUGGCUGCUUACUAUGCCUUGGAGGACGUCAAGAUGCUACACUCCAACAAGGACAAGCUGCACCUGUACGAGAGGACGCGGGAGCCGCCGGGCCGGGCAGCGACUGCAGGGCUGUGCCCGGCCCCUCGGCUCCUCCUGGGCAGCCUCCUGCUCCUCACCCUGCUCCCUGUGUUCCUGGAGGCCCUUGCUGCAUAGGAUGGAGAGCGAGGCACACUGCCUGCCCCAAGCUGGCCGGCCUGCAGAAGGGCUGGUGGCUUCUGGUGACCCCGUGGUCUCUGCAGGGGUCAGAAGCGGAGGCAGCUGCUGGCCGGUGAGCUGUGGGACGGUUACCUCGGAGCUGCUGGCAAGUGCUGGGGGCGUGGGGCGGCCCCUCGCCCUCUCUAGGGCCCUGGACAAGGUCAUGGUGACUGACUGGUGCUGUGAUGUCUGUGACAGUAGAGCAGUGUGGGGGAGAGCUCCCCUCCCCCCGCCCCACAGUGUGAAUGUGCAAAACCGAGCCCCUCAGGCUGGAGCCCCCACCCCGCCAGAGACGCUGCGGAAGGUCAGAGUCCGCUCAUCCCACCCCCUCGCAAUGCACUGAACAGGCCCGGCCGACUGCUGCACGUGCCCGCCGCACGCACACACUCUUACACGAGCACACUCGCACACACGCAGCCGGCGGAGCCGAGACUGGACCCCCAGGUGGGCCCCCUUUCCCCUGGGGCCUGGUGCACUCCCAGGGCGUUGCUGGGGAUCUUCGGCAAACUGAUAUAACCCUUUGGCCAAAAGGUUGUGCCCUGCUGGGACCUUUCUGCCACGGGCUCCCUGUGAGACCCCACGUGUGCCGCGCCUGCUGUGGGCACGGGCUCAGGCCCGGUUACCGGGUCCCGCCUCGAGAGCCCCCGCGCAGGCAGUGCGUGUUGACACGUGCUCUGAGGAACGCCACUCGUGGGCUUGGAUGCCCUCCUCUGGCCCUUCCCCUGCUGGCCCCCACUCCCCACUGUGCGUAGGAAGUCGAGCUGAGUUUCUAAAUGUCUAAACAGAGAACUACCCCGUGAUUUCUGUUCCUUCCUCUCCAGCAGAUGGCAAGAGCUCUCGGACUGGGGCACAUGGGCCGCAGGGCAUGGGCAGGAGACCAGUGGACAGGGCCAGCUGGCCUGCCCUGAUCCUCUUUUUUUGCCCACCUGCCCCCAGAGCCCUGCUCCCCACCCUGUCCACCCAGAUCUGCAUUCCGGGGAGAGGAGCAGCCCUGGCAGCGUGUCUCCGUCUGGCCCCUUCCCUUAGCCCGUGGCCACACAGCCCGGGCUGACCACCUGAAGAGGCCCAAACCAGCCCAGCCUCUGCUGCUGCUCCAGAGACCCCCAGGGACCCAAACGGGCCAGGAUCCAGAGGGCCAACCUCCUGGAAGCCCCACGGCCACCCACUGUCCCUGCCCGCCCCCCCAGUGUCCCCAGCAGCCCCUCUGCUGCUCCCCAGGGACCUCUCAUACACUGGCCCAGGAGGCUGCGGACUCGUCCCCGCCUCCCCCUCCGAGGUCCCAACACCUCCCCACAAUCUCCACCCCCCCACCCCACCCCCGCCAAAUCCAGGCGGGUAGGAGCAGCGAGGCCCCUGCUGGUUUUCAGCCGGUCCCCUACGUUGGAAGUAAAAAGUGAAGCACUUUAUUUUGGUUGUGUUUGAUCGCAUUCUGCUUGGAAGUGGGGACCCCUCACUGCGUCCUUGUGCCUGCGACCUGUGUGGAGUGUCACCGCGUGUACAUACUGUAAAUUAUUUAUUAAUGGCUAAAUGCAAGUAAAGUUUGGGUUUUCUUUGUUUUGUUAUUUUC